ACCCUCUUAAAAAACCCCGUCUCCGUUCAUUUCUUUAUUUCCCCGCGGCCCCUUUUAUUAUCCUCUCCCUAAUACAAACCCACGCCCAAACACACAGGACUCACAGGAGCUGCAGCGGAGAGAUAGAGAGAGAAGAGGGAGAGGGAGCGGAGGGAGAGAGGGGAGAAGCUCUGUGGAGAAAUCCAGAGCUUAGAAGAGGAAGGCGAGCGAGGGGAGCUCUUGGGGGGAAGGAAGGAGGAGCUGGGGAUCCAACGGAGGCGGAAAUGAGGGAAACGGAGGGUCCCCGAUCCGUUCUUGAGCCGAUUCUUUUGAUUUUCUGAGCCGCGAAAGCGGGGAAGCUUUGGAUCUCGAGGCCACCCGAGCGUGAAUCCUCGGUUUCUCCGGUGCCUCGUUGCUGCAUUGCGUCCUCCCCAGAUCCGGACCGCCGGGCGAGGAAGCGCCGGAUCCUCGCCCUCGCCGUCUUCACCAAUUCGCCAGAAAAUUCCAGUUUCUUUGUGUUUCUCCGGGGCCGCGUGCUUCAGAUCUUUCUCAGAAAAAUGUCCAUUUGUUUAGUUGGGGUAGAUGCGGGAGUGGCGGCGACUACUUUAUGAGCUGUCUCCUGCCAUUUUUGGAGUAGAUUCGCCCGCAAUGGCGGAUCUUGCCAUGGAGCAGUAAGGGGGCCUCUUUCCGCGAGAGCGACAGCAACUGCCCAUAAGUUGCAAUGUCUUUGAAGAGCAUCGUGCGGGAGCUCAAGGAGAUGAGGGACGGCAUCGGGAGCAUGUCCAGGCGCGGCGGCGUCUCCGACGGGCGCGCCGGCCACGGCCGCGGGGGGUCGCGGCAUUCUUGGCCCAGCCUGUGGCCGGAGCCACAGCCGCAGCCGCAGCGGCAGGGCCAGGAGCCGCAGCAGCAGGGGCAGUGGGCGAACCUGCCGCCGGAGCUGCUGAUCGACGUGAUACAGAGGGUGGAGGCCAGCGAGGUGGCCUGGCCGGCGCGGCGCCAUGUCGUUGCCUGCGCCGCCGUCUGCCGGUCGUGGCGCGAGGUCACCAAGGAUGUGGUGAAGACUCUCGAGGAGUGCAGCAGGAUCACCUUCCCCAUCUCUCUAAAGCAGCCGGGGCCUCGUGAUUCUCCGGUGCAGUGUUUUGUGAGGAGGGACAGGGCGACGUCCACCUAUCUCCUCUACUUGGGGCUCAGCCCAUCUCUGCAUGGGGAAAAUGACAAGCUUUUGCUUGCGGCCCGCAAGAUCAGACGUGCAGCCAGAACUUCUUUUGUGAUAUCGCUCAUCUCUGAUGAUUUUUCUCAUUCGAGCAGCACCUAUGUUGGCAAACUGAAACCAAACUUCCUUGGCACAAAGUUCACAAUAUUUGAUAGCCAACCUCCUUGUGAUGCUGCGGUGUUGCCUAACAACAAGCCAAGCAAAAGGCACUCGAAGCAAGUAUCACCAAGACUGCCACUAGGUAAUUACAAUGUUGCUACCGUCUCAUAUGAGCUCACUGUCCUGCGCAAUCGAGGACCAAGGAGAAUGCAGUGCACCAUGCACUCAAUACCAGCCGCGUGCAUUCAGGAAGGCGGCAAGGCCCCGACCCCUACUGGCAUGGUCCACUCACUUGACGAACAAGUGUCCACCUUAUCAACUAGCAAAGGAAAGGAACCAAACAUGGAAUUCUCGUCAACAAGCCUCAGCGCUGAUUUAUCCGGACCGAUCUCCACCAGCGAAGCGCCUCUGCUUCUGAAGAAUAAAGCUCCUCGCUGGCACGAGCAGCUGCAGUGCUGGUGCCUCAACUUCCGAGGGCGUGUCACCGUAGCAUCGGUCAAGAACUUCCAGCUCGUCGCCUCGGUCGACCCUUCCCUCGGCGUGCCCGCGGCAGAGCAGGAGAAGGUGAUCCUCCAGUUCGGGAAGAUCGGGAAAGACAUAUUCACAAUGGAUUAUAGAUACCCACUGUCGGCGUUCCAGGCCUUUGCGAUCUGCCUGACUAGCUUCGACACGAAACCGGCCUGCGAAUAGGCGUUAACCGGGCCAGCGGAGACGUGUUGCCUGCCCCCUUGGAUGCUGUAAAUUCUGAUAUCUUUUGCUUCGACUCUCGGGACGAAUGCCCCUGGGGAGAUGGUAGGUGGUAGAUUGAUGGUAGCUUUGCCGGAUCAAGAUGGGGCAAUGAUAUCCCCGUAUCUUGGCAGACCCCCCAGGAUGAUUUGGGCCAACUGUUGUACGCGACUGGUAUGUAUUAUUGUUGUUGUUGUUGGAAUGUUUAGCAGUGACAUAUCACUGCCUUUAUGGACACUGUUCAUCUCGCCUGCUC